AGCCCCGUGGGUUCCCCUUCUCUUAGUAUCCCAUGAUUCCUUGGUGUCUGUGACCUCGCGGAGCACGGGAAGAAGAAGCCGAGCUCGGUCACGCUGUAUGCAGGAGGUGGUGCUGCUGGCUGGUUAACUAUUGCUCACUUGUACAUCAUGGCUGCUUCGAAGCCAGUCGAGCCGCAGUCUGGGACUGGACUACCCCGGUGGCAGCUGGCCCUGUUAGUGGGGGCUCCCAUAGUACUCGGAGUCGGGGCGGUCUACCUAUGGAACCGCAGCAGGACGAAGGAAAAGAAGGGGACCGGGGAGCGGAAAACACCUGAAGGCAGCGCCAGCCCCGUGCAGGGCCAGGACGGCGAAUCUCGAUCCGGCCGAGAGCAGGAGAGCAUGAGUCCUUUGGAUCGGGCCCAAGCAUCUAAGAACAAAGGCAACAAGUACUUCAAAGCUGGAAAGUAUGAAAACGCCAUACAGUGCUACACAGAGGCCAUUGCUCUGUGCCCCACAGAGCAGAAGUCGGAUUUGUCAACGUUUUACCAGAACAGAGCUGCAGCCUACGAACAGCAGAUGAAGUGGACAGAGGUGGUACAGGAUUGCAGUAAGGCCGUUGAGCUGAAUCCACGCUAUGUGAAGGCUCUGUUCAGGAGGGCUAAAGCUCUGGAGAGACUAGAAAACAGGAAGGAGUGUCUAGAGGAUGUCACAGCGGUGUGUAUUCUCGAGGCCUUCCAGAACCAACAGAGCAUGCUGCUAGCAGACAAGGUGCUAAAGCAGCUUGGGAAAGAGAAGGCCAAAGAGAAGUACAAGUGUUUGUGCCAUUUAUCAUUUUCAUUUGACUCUUCUGUCCUUCAGUACAGACAAGCAUAUACUGGAAGUAAUAUUUCACAAAUACAGACAGCCAUGGAUGGCUUUGAAGAUGUUAUCCGGAGGUUUCCAAAAUGUGCAGAGGGCUACGCUCUCUACGCUCAGGCUUUGACUGAUCAGCAGCAAUUUGGAAAAGCCGAUGAAAUGUACGACAAGUGUAUUGAACUGGAACCAGACAAUGCUACAACAUAUGUCCACAAGGGUUUGUUGCAGCUUCAGUGGAAACAGGAUCUCGACUUGGGUCUCGACCUCAUCAGUAAGGCAAUUGAGAUCGACAACAAAUGUGAUUUUGCCUAUGAAACCAUGGGAACCAUUGAAGUUCAAAGGGGCAAUCUUGACAAGGCGAUCGAGAUGUUCAACAAAGCAAUUAACCUAGCGAAGUCGGAGAUGGAGAUGGCCCACUUGUACUCGUUAUGUGACGCCGCCUACGCCCAGACAGAAGUGGCGAGGAAGUACGGGCUGAAACCUCCGACUCUGUAACCGUUUUGCCAAUGGAUCGCCAAUCUCAGUCUUCAUUGCUGAAUCUAACUGUGUUAAAAGUGCAACUGUCUGACUUCACUUUGAUUUGUUAAAAAAUAAAUACUGGAUGAUAUGGGGGGGAAUUUGAAAAAAAGGAAGAACCCUGAAUAUAUACUGUUUACGUCACAUUGAAGGGGAUUAUUUUCAAGGAAACCAGAUUUGAGGCUAUGAUCCUGGUCUCUGGUAGACUCAGUGGUUUAUCAGGAUGUGGGGUGGCUGGGGUGGGGGGUGGAUUUUAACCAACACCGCCCUUUAUGCUGACACUUAAUUCCACAAUGGCGUCAUUGUCAAACCUUUGCUUUUUAUGGCUCAGAAUGAAAAUAAAGGUUGGCAUUUAUGGAGGGAAAGUGUAGAUGAGUGAGACGUAUACGUGUCAGAAGAUGUAGAGAGAAUUGAAAUGUUCAGUCUGUUGAACCCACAAGGGUUUGGAGACACUUUUAAAUCGACAGACAAUACUGUGAGAGCUUUAUAGUUCCAAUGGACUGUUCACUUGUUACCUGAUGCUGAUCUAAAGUGUUUGUGUCCACCUACUCCCAUAUUGUAACAUACAGUAUCAGUUCUGAAUACAAGAUUAAAAUUAUAGUCAAAUGUA